GCCCCCGAGCAACCCUAUUUGUUUGUGUUGAGAGGCUGAAAAUGGCGGAGAGAGGAGAGCAAAGCGUCAACUUGGCUCUGCGAACCCAACCGCGCCGUCUUGGCCACGCACGGAGCGCUUGCGAGUGACACGCCGAUCCUCCCACUGCCAGCAGCCGCCAAGGGAGACGAGCGGUCGGUCGCGCAUACCUCGGCGACGGCAGUGUGGAUUUAGCCAGGCUGGCUAGCAUGCUAAGCUAGCCGCGCUAGCAGCCUGACGUUGAGGUUUCAAGUCGUGUUUUUUCCCCCCCAUCCUCCUCCACGCAUCCUCCCCCAUCCUCCUCCACGCAGGCUUGUUUGUCAACACACGCUGAUGUUAAUGUGUUAGCCAGCCGGCAGCACUACAACGCACAGCGACUUGUGUUGACGUUCUGCGUGACGCGCUCGCAUGCAAGCUGCCCAGCACAAAGUUAGCGAUGUAAAGUUACAGCGGCGGACAUUAAAAGGAGCAAGUUAACUUAGCUGCCUGGCUAACUGCUAGCUGGCAGCAUUGGACGCCCAGCAGGAGGCGGCUACUUCUUGUGGGAUGUAACCGAGGAGCGACAGGAGCUUCCCGGGAGGUUUAUUCAGCCAGCGAGCGGCACAUAAAGAAAAACAGGUGCAGUCUCCCCGCCUGCCCCUGUGAUGAUACCAUGUGACGGAGCCACUGUGGAGCCGUAAGCUUGCCUCCGUUGCUCCAUCCAGUCUACUCGGAGCUAUCCCAGUCUCGCCUUCUGGCUUUAUCUCAGCUGUGCGCCCUGGACACGGCCGGCCACCACAUGACUCAGCACCUGGAAACCUAGACCACGUCAGUUGAAGCUGAAAAUGAGUGCAGUCGGGGAAAGCCCCCUUGAUCCUGACACGGCUGAGUCACGCAAGAGGAAGGGCUCACCAUGCGACACGUCCGCACAAAGUCUGGAGAAGCGGAGACGAGAGCUGGAGUGUCGCUACAUCGACGAGCUGGCUGAGUUGCUCUCCUCUAAUAUGGGCGACAUUGCCAGCCUCAGCAUCAAGCCUGACAAGUGCCACAUACUCAAGAGCACAGUGGACCAAAUCCAGCAGAUGAAACGCCGCGAGCAGGAGAAAGCGGCUUUUCGAUCUCCAGAUGACGAGGUGCAGAAGAGCGAUAUCUCCUCCAGUAGUCAGGGCCUGCUGGAGAAAGAGGCCCUGGGGCCUAUGCUGCUAGAGGCCAUUGAUGGCUUUUUCUUUGUGACGAACCGUGAGGGACGCAUCGUCUUUGUCUCUGAGAAUGUGCUGAGUUACCUGGGAUACACUCAGGAGGAGCUGAUGACCUCCAGCGUCUACAGCAUCCUUCACGUAGGAGACCACAACGAGUUUGUCCGAAAUCUGCUGCCCAAAAGUCUGGUAAACGGUGUACCAUGGCCUCAGCAACCAGGCCGGAGGAACAGCCACACCUUCAACUGCCGCAUGCUGAAAAGGCCGCCCGACGAAGCGGACUCCGAGAACCAGGAGGCCCGGCAGCAGUAUGAGAUCAUGCAGUGUUUCACCGUGUCUCAGCCGCGGGCUGCGCAGGAGGAGGGAGACGACCUGCAGAGCUGCCUGAUCUGCAUUGCCUGCCGUAUGCCUCGCACCCAGCCUGUCUGCACAGAGUCUUUCAUCACCAAGCAGGACACCACAGGGAAGAUCAUCUCUAUAGAAACCAGCGCCUUGCGAGCGACAGGCCGGCCUGGCUGGGAGGACCUUGUCAGGAAAUGCAUCUAUGCGUUCUUUCAGCCGCAGGGAAAAGAGCCCUCCCACGCCAAAAAGCUGCUGCAUGAGGUGAUGACCCUUGGCACCGCCAUCAGCCCGCUGUACCAUUUCACGAUAACUGACGGCACGCCGCUCAGUGCUCAGACCCGAUGCAAGUUCUGCUGUCCCCCAAAUCCAGACGUUCAGCCUUUCAUCAUGGGCAUCCACACUAUUGACAGGGAACACAACACUGCUAGCUCUCAGGAAAACACUAACCCCAGCCUUCCGCCAACCCUCGGCAGCCUUGCCCAGACGCCCUCUCACUCGCCGGUCCUCGCUGCUGGCAGCAACUCAACACAGACCUCAGGCCGCGCCGUCUCCACCGCCGCCGCCGCCACCUCUGGGCUUCACCUCAAAAACAGCAACGUCUCCCCCCAAGGACUAAACCCGGCUACGUCCACGGGAUACCUGUCGCCCGUUCGGACGCGACCCCAGCAGGUUAACAGCCCCUCACCCUUAAGCAGCCCUGUCACAGCCACCCCUACCUCUUUUAUGUCAUCUGCCAUGCCACGGGCCAGUCCUGGUUUAGGAGGGAGCCCUCGGGUGCCAGGUCUCCAUUCUCCAGCUGGAGCACUGACCAGACAGUAUUCUGGUGGUGAUGAUAGUAACGGCGCCAUCGCUGGAUCAAAAGGAUCCUUCUUUAGACAAGCCGGUACACCCACCGGCUCCUCAUCUCGGUCCGUAGCAGAGGGAGGUGUAGAGGACUCUGUCAAAGCCCCCCUCCCUUCUUCCUCACCACUUGGUAACCUCAGACUCAAUCAGCCCCAAGACAGCAAUGGCACGGGAGUUGAACGCGCCAACUGCGCAAUCCAUUGCACCUCGUUGCCUCAUUCCAAAAACUCUCCCGGUCCGCAGUGUCCGGCCUCCCACAGCACUCUUACAGAACGACAUAAGAUCCUACACAGAUUGCUCCAGGACAGCAGUCCCAAUGAUUCCUCAGCCACAGCCAACACCACCUCCGAGGACGAAAUUAACAGGAGUGAUGUGGAGAUCAAGAAGGAGCCGCCACUGAGUCCGGUGGUGAGCAUGGCGCCGCUCAAGUCCAGAGAGCCGCAGGACCACCAGUUGCUCCGAUUUUUGCUCGAUACAGAUGAGAAGGACUUGGCAGACCUGCCUCCUCCUUCAGCUCUCAGCCUGCAGACCGUCCGAGUAAAGGUGGAAAAGCGAGCAACCGGCGAGGCGUGUGUGGUGACAGCGAAGUCCACAGGCGUCUUCAGCUCUUCGGCUUGCGUCAGCCCCAAGUCGAGCCCCGUUGGGGAGAGCCGGCGUGACAGCCGCCGGAAUAGCCGAGACUCCACGAUGUCCGGCGGACCUGUUGACACGGACCCCCUCACCCAGCCGCUGCCUGGUCUAAGAGGCCCAAGCGGGGCCAAGCAGGGCACUAGCGAAUUAGCCACCCCUGGAGGGGGCCCCUUGCUCCACUCUCCUGUCACCCAGCCUCCUGCUCAGCUCCACUCACCAGGGCCUGCGCUCCAGUCCCCCCUGUCUUUUCCACACUUACAGUCCCCGUCACCUCAGCGCCACUCCACCUCGCCCCAGCCCAAACUGCAGUCCCCCACUCAGCUCAAGCCUGGCGAGGCGAACACUCCACGUGGUGUAAAUGUGAAGAGGGAGCCUCCCAGCACUCCCAACAGAGGCCACAAUGACGGUAGAAUUGCUUCAGGCUGCAGCCUCCAGAGUCAGUCAUCUUUCGAUUUCUGCAGUCCCCCAACUCCCAGCCAGGCCCAGGGAGACCUCUUCCAGACUCCCAAAGACAGCGGCCCCUUUCCCGAGGCAGAAAUCAUCAAUCCAUUCAGUUCAAGCACUGGGCCUAGCAAGUUGGACUUGGCUGACUCUCAGUUCCAGCCAUUGUCUGACACAUUGUCCUUUGAUGUCCUCGGAACCCCGUUACAAGCGCCCCUGGCCUCGCCCCAAGAGCAGUGUGUGCCCUGUACACUGGAUGAAGUCUUGGGCCCGCCCACAACACCUGAGGCCCGGAACGAUGAGAAGGCUCUGCUGGAGCAACUUGUAUCCUUCCUGAGUGGGACAGAUGAGAGUGAGCUAGCCGAGUUGGACAAAGCCCUGGGUAUUGAUAAACUAGUGCAAGCUGGCUGCUACAACCCAGUGCCUCAAAGCUUCCCUACUCAGCAAGUCACUGCCACCCCGGUCUCACUGGAUCCCAAGCUGCCCUCCAGCUCUUCCCACUUCACGCCUGCUCCACCUUCUCAGUUCCCCUUGGAGCUGCAGGCCAGCGUGGGGCAGCAGGGUCUCGGCUUUGGAGCUGCUCGAGGACCGUUCCCAAGUGGAACGCACGCCUUAGGUCUCAGACCAGGGAUGACCCGGCCGCAAGGGAUAGGCACCCAGGUCAGGGUGCCACCCAACCAGCUCCGUCUUCAGCUGCAGCAAAGACUUCAGGGUCCUCAGCAGCUCCAGAACCGACUGGCGAUGAAUGCUUUUCCAGGAGGAGGUCAGCAAGUGAACUUGGGGAUCUGUCUGGGGGCGCAGCAACCUCAAAUUCCUUCACAACCUCCAUUGAAUGCCCAGAUGCUAGCGCAGCGUCAGCGGGAACUCUACAGCAUCCAGCACCGGCAGCGCCAGCUUUUCCAGCAAAAGGUCAUGUUGAUGAGACAAAACAUGAGCGGUGCCCCUAAGGUGGUCACCAGGGCCCCGAAAAGUGCCCCCGCCAACAUGUCUGCGCCUCUGCAGCAACAACAGUUCAACUUCCCUGUCUCAGGAAACCCUACCUCACCAAGUCACUUCAGUGGUCCCAUGCCGGGGGGCCCCCUGGACAACAAACUGCCCGCCAGUGUUGCCCUAAAUAGCCAGACAUUACUGGGGGGCGUUCAGGCUCAGUUUAGCAGCGCCAUCAACUCAUCAUUGCAGCAAAGUCUGAUGCAACAGUUUGGGAGCGCUGCCAUGGUGCAGCCAGAAGCGCCUUUCUCCCCCGAGAUGAGCCCAACCAGUCCCUUGUUGUCGCCACAGAACCCCACCUCCCAGAGUCCUCUGCUCCAGCAAGCCCCGCCUCCUGGCUACCAGUCUCCAGACAUGAAGAGCUGGCAGCAGGCGAGCGUCGGCAGCAACAGCCUGUUCAGUCCGUCAGCGCUCGGUGCUGGACAGACUUUUGGCCAGCAUGGGGUGUACAACAACAUGAGCAUCACGGUGUCCAUGGCCGGGGGCUCAGGCAGUGUGAGCUCCUUACCUCCCAUUGGGCAGCCUGCUGUUGGCUUGAACAACAACAGCGCGGGCUCCAUGUGUAGCGACCAGCAGGUACAGCAGGUGCAGGUUUUUGCGGACGUCCAAUGCACCGUCAACCUGGUGGGGAGUGACUCGUACCUGAGUCAGGGCUCUAUCACAGCAGCCGCCGCCGCCGCCCAGAAGGGACCCGGACUGCCGGGCCCCCAGACCAGUCAGGCCCAGCAGAAAAGCCUCCUCCAGCAGCUGCUCACAGAGUGACAACCCCUCACUCUACCGCUGUGGCGCUCCUGCUCCCUCUUCACUUCUACACCGACGCUCUGGACCCGUCGCUGUCUCUGUCUCACCUUUUAGGACGGAUGCUGGGACGGCGCCGGUCUGGCUGUUGGUGGAGUUAAAACAGCUCGCCAUUGGCGCGCUCAGUUCUUCGAGACGAGACUAGAGUCAGAAGGAUGAGCAGUGUGUUUGAAGCUGCCUGUCUGAUCUGUCUGACAACCUGUCUGUCUGCCUCAGCCUAUUGAAGGCAGUGUUGUCUUGCUGCUCAUUCCCCCGCUCACCUACUUCCUGGCCCCCGCACACACGGCAGUUUGUGUGCGGGACUGCCUCACGCGGCUCUCUGGAUUUUCAUUUAAUUCGAUGUUCUUUGUACCUGUCUCUCAGCGAUGUGGGAAUGUCAACAGUUUGCGACCUCAGCGGCAUUGUGGGAUAGAAGCUCGGUAUCAGCUGGUUCUGCGACGGUCUCUCUCAAUCAGCUACAGUGCCUGGUGGAAGUUUGAGUUUUGUUCCCAAGCUCUGCUUCUUCUUCUUUUUCUUUGUCUUUGUCUUCUUCUUCUUCUUCCACACACGAUUGCGUCUUUUUGUUUUUUAAUGUAUUUUAUUUUGUAAAACUCUGAAAGUUCUGCUCUCCUUAUCAUCAUCAUCAUCAUCAUCAUCUUCUUCAUCUUGAUGCUCAUCAGAACAAGCUUUGACAACAACCAGGACGGAUGCAUGAAUGGAUGGAUGGAUGGAUGGGAGACAGACGGGAUGCUGCUCACUUGGAAACUUACGUGUCUUUCUCUGUUUUUGUUUUUUAUUAAGUCUAAACACAAGACUGUUUGGAUCGAACUGUCACAUUUUAGCCCUCGCCUCAGCAGCUGUGAAUACCAGGCCCGCUUGGCCUCUCUCUAAUUCUCUAUCUCUGUGUGUCUCCCAAUGCUAACUCGGCCUAUCAGUGUUUGCCAUGCAGCCGUGUAGUAUUGUUGUACAGUACAGAAGGACUAAGACUGGCUGUUCUCUAAAAGAAAAAAUAAUUGAUGACUCAGCAGCAGCAAAGCCUUCUCAAAUGUGAUUUUUGUUUCAUUUUUUUGGGUGGGUAAGUUCAAGGGUAAAUGUUGCAGUGGAGGAGGAAGUAGUUCCCUAGUCGACAAUGUGAAGAUAUUCAUCCAAAUAUGUUUAUAACCCCCCCGUCCUUGCCCAUCUCCCCUUACCCUUUCAUUAUCAACUAUACCCCUACUUUGCUAUUUGUUUUUGUCUUACAUACUAUUGAUUUCUGCGAGUUAACAUUUCAGUGUGUGCGCGUGCGUCUAUACACAACAUGACCACGCCCCCUACUGUUGAUGGUAGUAACGGUAUUCACAGCCAAGGGAAAGUAUUGCUGAUGGGUGCAUGAGUGUCUCUCUCAACACCCACCCCCCACCUGGCCACAUGUUGGUCAACAUAUGCAAAAAUCCACAUUCCACCCUGGAGAACCUCCCUGGUGCCUUCAGAACCACUUUUUAAGCAGCGCCGUGUGCAGGAACAACUCCUAAUAUGGGCAGAAUAAUCCUACUUGUGAUUAAAUUGAUUAGGAUUUCUGUAGGAAUAGUUGUGGAUUUAAAAAAGGCCGAAAGAAAAAUUUGAAGAUAUUGUUUAAAAAAUGGAGAAAAAAAAAUGCACCAAAAUAAAAAUCUUAAAUGUAUUUAAAAAAUGUAUGAAGUAAAAUAAAA